UUAGGGUGUGCACUGGUGGGCCUGGCGGGGUGGAAGUUAGUACUUAUCACAUAGAGGACGUUCAUUUGACGGUAGAUCCAGUGAGUGGUCGUGUUUGGGGAACGCACAGGUACAAUGGUGUUGCAACGCAAUCCUAUCGGCCUAGGUCUUGUCCUGCUUAUGUUUGUAAUUGCGAGCGAGUGUAAUGAGUUUCUUCGAGUGUGUUACUUCACCAGCUGGUCAGUCCAUCGCAAGUCUCACUACGCCAAGUUUGACGUGGCGGACAUUGACCCGUCCCUCUGCACCCAUCUCAUCUACGCCUUCGGGAAGAUAGAUGUGGAGAGCAAACUCCUUGUCCCUUUCGAGCCCUUGGUGGAGGAUGCAAGACCUGGGCACAUAGGGAAAUAUGGCCAAUUCAACAAACUGAAACAACAGAACCCUCGGUUGAAGACUCUCCUGUCAGUUGGCGGACAAUUCGAUGACGGGUCCGGUUUUGUGACUGUGACAGAGAAUGACAUCAUCAUCAAGCGGUUUGCUCAAAAUGCCGUUGAAUUCUUGAGGAAACGAAGCUUCGACGGAUUUGAUAUCGAUUGGGAAUACCCGACCAAAGAAACGAAGAGGACGUUUAUUCGAUUACUACGGGUAACAACAAGACCUUUAUCUUUCCCGAUUUCUUCUUUGAAGGACCAAAACAGUCCGCCCCCUGAGAAAUCUAAUUUAACCCAUAGUACUCCUAACAUGGUCAUGCCACAACUUUCCUACUUUGACCCUAGUGAGCGGAUCGGGGUCACUAUAGGGGUCACAGCGGAGUACGUGGACUACGCCAACCUGAUGACGUAUGACUACCACGGGCACAACAGUCAGGUGGCUGCCUUCAACAGUCCGCUCUACUCGCGGAAAGACCCGACAUUCAACCCUACACUCAGCACGAACUGGACUGUCCACUACUAUAACCGUCUCGGACUGCCACUGAGCAAGAUACUGGUGGGUGUGACCCCCAUGGGCCGACAGUUUAUCUUGGUGAACACAAACGACACGUUUGUCGGUGCACCAGUGACGUUCGAGGAGGAGCCGGGGAACUUCUACGACAUGGAAGGAAGACUGGCCUAUCCCGAGGUCUGUCAGAUGCGCUUCGGCGUGAGGACAAAGAAGGACUUCGACAUAGAACAGAGCGUUCCCUUUAUGUGGCAUGGUCACCACUGGGUGGGCUAUGAGGACACACACAGUGCCAAGAUUAAGGUGGACUAUAUGCUGAAGACAGGUGCAGCAGGCUUCAUGUUUUGGUCCCUGGAUCAGGAUGAUUUCACUGGUCUGGCAUGUGAGGUAGGCAAAUACCCUCUACUCAAGGCCAUGGUGAACUCAGUGAAAAAGUCGGAAGAGCCGGUCCUCACAGAGCAUGUCAACGACGAAAUCAACUACUUGACACAAGGCGCUCGUCCAACGUCCACAUCUCUGUCGUUCCAGGUCGUGAUUGUCCUUUCAGUGAUCGCAAAGACUCUGAUGUUUUUGUAAAGAAAUGAUUACAGUGCAGUCGGAAUUGUCCUAAACGGACACUACUUGUUGAGGAGAAAAGGGGUUGUCUAAAUAAACAUAAAGCGGAAAUUGGAAAUGGUCGUUUGUACAGGUGCUUGUCUUGCUAGAGCAGUUUCGACUGUAUCGCCAUAUUAUUAUGACAAUGAUAUGUCGUUCUUGAGCUUGUUUGUCUCUUGAUUGAUCUUGUUCGUUUAAAAAAAAAUCAUUGUCUUGUCUUAUUGUUAGCAGCUUUCUUUUCUAUAAAAAUACGUUCUUUUCGAUUUCCCAGACAUGGUUUUGAUUCGUAUAAUCGUUUUCUCGUUACUUUUGUCUUUCUUCUUUUUUUGGG